AUGGCUACUAUUUUCGAUGGGGACGUCUCUGCACAGGAGCUUGCAGAUAUGCUACCGACCGGCAUUGCAAUUCUCAACCAUGAUGACGAAUCAAUCAUGGUGAACCGCCGCUUCCGCGAGCUCAUGACCUGUUGCACCGCUAGAUCAUUCGAAUGCUGGUCGCAAUCCAUCCACCUGGAAGGUUAUGACAGGGUAGCCACUGCCUAUCGAGAGGCCUCACGCUCUAAGCUUGCCCUGUGCACCGAGUUUCGCACCCAUGAGGCUGAUCUGCAGCGGCUUAAUUUAAGCUAUGGUGGCUUCAUCUGCACUAUGGCAGACAUUACACAAGAAAGGACGGCUGAGCUGCUGCAAGUAGAAAUUGCGCGAGAGGCGCAAGAGCGCAAGCAACAGCAGGAACGCUUUAUUGACAUGAUCAGUCAUAAAGUUCAAAACCCUCCCUCUGCUAUCCUUCAUUGUACAGAGGAUAUACUUGAAGCAGUAAAGGACAAGCAAAGUAGUGGGGUACCUGUGUCAGACAUUGCACAAGCCGCAGAAACAAUCAGCUUCUGCAUUGCACAUCGAAAAAAAAUUGUCGAUGAUGUCCUUACAUUCUCGAAGCUAGACGCGUCAAUGUUGACAUUGUCGCCGCGAAGAGAUCAACCAGAACGACAGUUGGCGCGGACAUUGUCUAUAUUUCGGCCGGAACUUCGGAAGCAACACAUUCAAUUUGAGUUCAAACUUGGCCAUUCUUACGCAGGUUGCGGGAUCGAAUGGGUAUUAUCCGAUUUCAGCCGGAUGGGUCAGGUUCUUAUCAACCUAGUUUCCAAUGCUAUCAAGUUCACUGCAAAAGCGGACAGUAAGAGAGAGAUCAGAGUGUCCAUGGGCGCCUCCACAAAGCGGCCGCCAUCUUAUCCUCCCAAUGUUGUGUUUUUUGAAACUGACAAGAAUGCACUUCGCUUGGAUUCCACCACCACGCCUGAGUGGGGAGAGGGCCAAGUCGCGUAUGUGAUGGUUGCUGUGAAGGAUACUGGGAUAGGCAUUGGUGACCAAGCUCAAAAGCGACUUUUUGAGCGCUUCAACCAAGCAGCGCCUAGAACUGAAAGCGUUUACGGUGGUUCUGGUCUUGGUCUCAAUGUGAGCAGAAAGCUCUGCCACCUUCACGGUGGAGAAAUCGGUGCAAGCUCAAAGGAAGGGGAAGGGAGCACAUUUGAUUUCUUCUUUAAGGUCCGGCGGGAGAUUGAGCCAUCUGAUCUCUAUCUGCCUAAUUAUGAAAAUUCGGGAAUUGAUCAAUUAUGUGGUGGGAUCCACGAGCUGAGCAACACGGUCACCGGGGUCAAUGACCGGACAAAAUCCCCUGAAAUCUUGGAGAAUCCGAUGAUAACUCACGUUGCAAAAAUAUCACCCGUGGCUGUGGGCGAUGACAGAUAUAGGCAUACAUUGGAACUAGCCCAUCAGGCUAAGCCAGAUGAGCCUUUUGCGAGCGACCGCCCAAAUUUGCACCCUCCUCUCGACGUGUGGGAACCCAACCCUAUAGCAUUCGGCACGACUGCCAUGAGUUAUGAUGAGGGAUCUCGACAUAUUCUCGUGGUAGAGGAUAAUAUAAUCAAUCGGCAAAUUGUUUGUCGGAAGCUGCGAUCCUUGGGAUUCCAUGUUUCGGAGGCGCCGAAUGGCCAAAAGGCCUUGGAGGCUGUUCAGCAUGAUCGAAUUGACUGCAUUCUCAUGGACCAAGAAAUGCCUAUUCUGGAUGGAAAGUCCGCAACUAUGGCAAUCCGCAACCUUGGUAGAGACAGUACGGCAAAUAUCCCUAUCAUUGGGGUCACUGCAAAUGUGAGGGCGGCUCAACAAAUAGAGAUGUUGGACGCUGGUAUGGACGAUAUUAUCCAUAAACCUUAUCGAACGAAUGACUUGUUUGAGAAGAUAAAUCAAAUGAUAACUCUCAGAUCGAAGAAAUGA